AUGGCACCUAUCCCUCGCCUGGCUGCAAAGCCCUUGUCCAUCAUCACAGGAGCACUCUUCACCGCCUUCUCCGCACCCAGCAGCACACCCCCAACAAACGGCGCCAAUGCCACCCUUCCCGACACUCAGUACAUUGGAUCAGCAUCCUUCCUCAACCUCACUCUCCUUCAUACCCCUCCUCUAUCAUCCUCAUCAUCCUCUAACUCUUCCUCCUCCUCCUCCUCAUCAUCAUCACCAAUCUCAUCUCUUGUCUACUACCACUCAAACAACAACACCUACACUGGCUGCAACCAGAUGCCCUUCUCCUCAACAGAUAACGUCGUCCUCAUGAACCCCCUCCAAUUCGGCAACGCCUCGUCCUCCAACUCUACAUGCGGUAACUGGAUCCAGGUCCAGAAUCGUCAAAACACCGACCUCUCGACCUACGCACAGAUCGUCGGUAUCUGCGACGACUGUGAAUACGGAUCCAUGGAUCUCUCGCUCGGUGCCUUGAACGACUUGGCGCCCGACCUGGACUUUGAAGACAUGACUUUCAGUAACAGCUCUGAUAUCACCAUCUCAGACCUGACCGAUUCCGAUUCAACGUACUCUUCCUCCACAACUACCAUCUCUUCCGACAACCUACUCGACAUUACCUGGUCCCUCUCUGACGCCCCCGAACCUCGCAACAACCCCGCUCCUACCUCCACAACAACAUCAACAACCACAUCCCCUACUACGACUGCUACACCAACUCCAACGCCGUCAUCAACGCCGCCACCAGCAGAACAGUUCUCCGGCCGCGGAACAUGGUACUCAGAUACCCACGGCCAAUGCGAGCACAACUACUCCCAGUCAGAUCUCAUUGUCGCUGUCAACCAGGACCAGAUGGGCACCGGCAAGGACAUGUGCGGCAAGAAGAUCCUCAUGACCAUGAAGGGAUCCAACGUGCAGGUCAUCGCAACCGUCGUCGACAUGUGCCCCAAGGCCUACUGCAAAUUCGGCGAUCUCGAUCUCUCCCAAGCCGCCUUCAAGAAGUUUGCCGGUCUCGGUGUCGGCGAGUUGACACUCCAGUGGAGCUGGCUCUAA